GAAUAACAGCACAGGCACAGCACAGUUGAGUUAUGGGAUAGAAGAGAAGUCAAAACGAAGACUGAAGUUAGACCAAAUACAGGAAAACACAAACACCACAAAAAUGUUGCGUUCCCGGCGCCGUUCACCGUACGGCGCCUAUUUAUGCGCCUUUAUCUCCGCCGUCCUCCUCCUUUUAUCAGUCUCUUUCCUGUACUCUCGCCUUUCUCUCUCCCACCCUCAUUCUCCCACCACCCCCCGCACUCUUCUCUCCGACACAAUCUCCGACGACUCCGAUCUAUCCACUUCCGAUCCCAUCGAUGAACUCGACAUCAUUGACCUCGAUCAACAACAACAACAACCUCUUUACACCAAUCCUUCCCCUUACUUCUUCGAUCCUAUCACUUCCUCCAUUCGUAGAUCCUUCAAAAACCCUCACAUUUUCUCCAACGAACUCACCACCGACGAAUUCACCGUUUUCUCUCCACCAGAAGAUCGUUCCAAGUCCGCUUUCAGCUCCGACGACAUUCCUCUCGACGAUGACGUUAGACGUAAAGCUACAAUCAUCACGUCGAUCGAGGAUGCGCUUCUUCUCAAAUCACCUUCCUUGAGAGAAAUUUGGGGUGAAUGGUUCGAUAAGAAAAGUUUAUUUCUCAAAAAAGAUAAAAUGUUGAAAUCCAGUUUCGAAGCUUUUAAUCCAAUGCUUAAUCCUCUGCUUCAAGAUCCUGAUUCCGUUGGUGUUUCUACACUCACUAGAGGUGACAAAAUUGUUCAUAAAUGGUGGAUCAGUGAGUUCAAGAGAGUUCCAUUUUCAUCUCACAAAAACACUAAUAACAACGGUAAAAUAACAACCGUUGCUAAAGGUGGAACAGAACGUAGAACUUUGAAUGAUAAUGGUGAUGCUGAGUUUUUGAAUAAUCAUGAUCAUCAUAUAUAUGCUGAUGGUAAUAAUUGGGGUUAUUUUCCUGAUUUGCCACUGCGUUUGUCAUUCAAUGAUUUCAUGGAUGCAUUUUUUAGAAAGGGUAAAUGUGUCAUGAGGGUUUUUAUGGUGUGGAAUUCACCUCCUUGGAUGUUCACUGUUCGGUAUCAGCGUGGUCUCGAGAGUUUGUUAUAUCAUCACCCUAAUGCAUGUGUUGUGGUUUUCUCUGAAACAAUUGAGCUUGAUUUUUUCAAAGAUAGCUUUGUCAAGGACGGCUACAAUGUUGCUGUUGUUAUGCCAAAUCUUGACCAGUUAUUGGAGGGUACGCCUGCAAAUAUAUUUUCUUCUAUUUGGUUUGAAUGGCGAAAGACAAAGUUCUAUUCCACUCAUUACAGUGAGCUUAUUCGUCUUGCAGCACUGUAUAAGUAUGAUGGGAUUUACCUAGACUCUGAUAUCAUAGUUUUGAAGCCAAUUUCUUUCCUUAAUAAUUCUGUUGGUAUGGAGGAUCAUUCUGCUGGAAGUUCUUUGAAUGGUGCUGUGAUGGCUUUUGGCAGGCACAGUCUGUUCAUAAAGGAGUGCUUGGAAGAGUUUUAUAUGACAUACGACGAUAACAGUUUGAGAUGGAAUGGUGCUGAUCUAUUGACAAGGGUUGCACGAAAGUUUACAGGAAAGGACAACAAAACUGUUAAACGGUUGGAGUUGAAUGAGGAACCCUCUCAUAUCUUCUUCCCCAUCAAAUCUCAGGACAUUACAAGAUACUUUGUUGCACCAACAACAGAGACGGAGAAAGUACAGCAAGAUGUUCUGCUUGAAAAAAUACUGCACGAGUCAUCGACAUUUCAUUUUUGGAACAGCUUGACUUCUGCCCUCGUCCCAGAACCAGAUAGUCUUGUGGCCAGGCUUAUGAAUUAUGCAUGUAUCCGAUGCUUGGAGUUACUGUAAAUGCCAAGUGAUCCCAAAGCUGUCUUGAGCUUCCAUUCUGUGUCACAUAUCAGGAAUGCUUUAUAUCAUUGGCCAAAAGCAAGAUUGUAAUCCUUGAAGUCGUAAUGCAGCUCUUGACAUUGAUGUCUAGAAGUCUUGGGCAGAUUCUUUACCAUGUGGCUGUACAAUUUGUUGUAUGUUUGCAGUUGAAUACUGGGUUUAACUCCUCUGCUAGAAGAAGAGCUAACAUAUACUGAAACCUUUGUAGAGUAAGGCCAGCAUUAUCAAAUGUUCAUAUGUUACAACUAACAAUGUAUAAUGUACUAGAGAUGCAGUGGCUCAAUACUGAACGGUUUUGAUGGAACUGCUGUGUGUAGCCAAUAUAUUUUUAAUUUGUCAAUGAAGAAAUAGAGUAAGAUGUUAGUGUUAA